AUGUCUUCAAAAAUCACUAUCUAUGGUAUUAUUAAUCAUGAAGAUUCUGAUCUUUUUGAAAGCGCAGGAUCAUUAACAUUGAGAACACCUAGGAAUGUCCCUAAUUUCAAUGAAACAACUUCAUUAACCAUUCCAGGUUACGUCAAAUAAAUUUGUGCAGGUCAAUCUCAUAUAUUAGCCUUAACUUAAGACGGAAACGUAUAUAGUUAUGGAUCAAAUUAAUUUGGUUAAAGAGGCUCAUCAGGACCAGGAUUUCAAUUGGUGAUGAAGAAUGUCCUUUAGAUUGCAGUAGGUCUAUAUCAUUCGGCUGCCUGUACUAAGGAUAAUAAAAUUUAUGUUUGGGGUAGAGGUUCGGAAGGGUAAUUAGGAAUGGGAGACACAGAAAAUGUUGAAAAGCCUACAGAACUCAGUAUCUAAGGCUAAGAGGUUUGCUGUGGCAGUUUUCAUACUCUUGUAAGAAAUGGAGAAACAUGUUAUGUGAUGGGAGAAAACUAGAAUGGAUAAUUGGGAGUUUUAGGAUAACAUACAAGUCCUGUGAAAUUGAGUAUACCUAUUGAUUAAAUGGCUGCGGGGUUGGAUCAUUCCUUAUUUUUAUAUAAAGGACAAGUUUUUGUUACAGGAAAUAAUUUAUUUGGAUAAUGUGGGGUAUCUGAAUAAGUAGUAAGAGAGCCUAUUAAAUUAUCAUUAAAUUUUGAAGUACAAUAAGUGAUUGCUUCUAUGGGAACAUUUAGUUGUGUAAUAAGUAAAUAAGGAAAAGUCUAUUUUUGGGGAACUGGAAGUUGGGGUUAUGCCAGAAAGUGCACUCCAUUAGAAGAAUUAUGUAAAUUAGAUGAAGAAUAGAGAGUGUCACAAGUUAUUUCUGGAGAAAACUUUGCCAUGUUGAAAUGUUUAGAUGGAUGGUAUGUUUUUGGAAUGAAUAAAAUGCCUGAAAAUUAUUCACAAUAAUAAACACAUAGAAUUACACUAAACAAAGUCAAUUUAGUUGAUGGCUAAAUCAGUGCAGGUCUUAAUAUUGUUUUUGUCUAUUCCCAUAAUCAUGAAGUACAAAAGCCAACUUAAUAAAUGCCUGUUGAUCAGGGAUCCUACGUGUCUUAAUCAUCAGAAUAAGAGUAUAAAUAGAGACCAAGUUAUAAAUAAAAUAAUGAAGUAAGGUAAUCCUAUUAAAUGUAAACUUCAAGUGCUUUGAAGACCUCAUAAAUUCCACCUUCAGCUUUGAGAUAAUCUCAAUAAGUUACAAAUAUUUCAUAGUUUUCUAAUUAAAUUAGUUCCUCAACAUAAUUUUAGUAAGAAUAUUAAUCAAAUAAAAUUGAAUCUAAGUAAGGAAAGGAUUAUAAACUAAGUGAUUUACUUUAUAGAUCUGAUCAUAAGCAAGAUAUUAGAUAGGACCUUAAAUUAGAUCUUAGAUAAUCAGAACAAAAAGUUAGAACAGAAUCCAGAACUCCUGAUAAUAGGAAUGAUCAAAAGUAAAAUGAUAAAAAAUCUGAUUAUAAGUUACCAAUUAAAGAAGAUGAAUUGAAAGUUGAAUUAAAAUAAGAGUUGCUUAAAUUGGAGAAAAGAUAAGAGCAAUUCAAAUAGGAAAUUAUUAACUAAUAAUAGUAAUUAGACAGAAAAAACGAAAAUUUAAAAGAAAUUACUUUUGGUUUCAAAUCUGAUGUUAAACCUUUAUAAGAAAGAAAUAUGACUUAAUAAUCCUAGAAAUGUUAUGAUUGUUUACAUUUUUCUCAAAAAAAUGAUUACUAUUAAAAACAUAUCAAAUUUUAAGAAGAAGAAAUAUCCAACCUUAAAAAGGAAUUAGAAAUUUUGAAGAAUUAGAUUAAAUAAAAAGACAAUUAUGUUAAUGAAUUAGAAAAUAGAAUUUUAAAAUAUUAAGAAACUAGUUUUAAAUAAGUUUGCUUACAAUAAUCAUAAUAAUAAUAAUAACCACCUAUUUAUAAACCAACAAUGGAGGUGAGAUUAAAAAGUGAGGAAAAAUAGCCUGUUACUAGGGAAGAAGCAUAAUUGAACUACUAAAAAAUUAUUGAUUAUUCACCUAAAAUUUAUAGAUAACCAAUUAUUGAUUAAUCACCAAAGGAAAGAACUUUCAAUACAAGUAUCAUCGAUAAAAUAUAAACGUAUUAAUAAUCUGCAAAAGCAGCAAGACCAGUUCACCAAAAUCUGAUGAAUAGGUAUUCAGCUCAUGAAGUCCAACCAUAAUAAAUCUAUCAACCUAAUACAUAUGUUAUCCCGUAAUAUUUCAAGGCAAGAAAUUGA